UGACGAAGCCACAGAGCUCUCCCGGCCCUCUCUCGGUGGAAGACCGCGUCCCAGUGACACCUGCCCGCUGCUCUCCCCUUACUCACUUAACUUAAGUGCCAUGGAGGAAUUAAGUAGUUGACAUUUCCUGUAACCUUCUCUUUUUUAAGCUUUCUUCCCGUCUGAUCAUCGUAAUCUUGAACCGGUUUUAUUGACGCUUUUGGACUCUCAACCGUACCGCCCUCUUUGACCAUCCGAAAUCAUGAAGUACAUCAUCGGCAUCGGCGGCGUAACCAACGGAGGGAAAACCACCCUCACCGACAGACUGAUCAAGAACCUGCCCAACUGUUGUGUGGUACAUCAGGAUGACUUCUUCAAGCCCCAAGAUCAGAUUGAAGUUGGUGAGGAUGGCUUUAAGCAGUACGAUGUCAUUUCUGCCCUGGACAUGGACGCCAUGAUGAGCACCAUCCGUGCGUGGUUGGACAACCCAGUGAAGUUUGAGAAGUCCCAUGGCGUCAAUAACACCCUGGAUACGGAGAUUGUCCCAAAGUCUGACAAUAAGGAUGAGGAGACUCGCAUCCUUAUUGUUGAGGGCUUUCUGCUUUACACCUACGGACCUUUGAUCGACGUGCUGAACCAACGUUACUUUCUUUCCAUCCCGUAUGAAGAAUGCAAAAAGAGGAGGUGCUCAAGGAACUACACCGUGCCAGACCCCCCCGGCCUGUUCGACGGCCACGUCUGGCCCAUGUAUUUGAAACACAAGCACAUCAUGGAGUCAUCAGAUGUUGACGUCGGUUGGUGCAUUUUUGGAUUAAUCCCUAAAUUUUCGUUUACAGAAUUUCCCCUAUUGAUUUUAAAUAUGCAUUUGCUAUUCCAGUGCAGCUCGAUGGAACCCAGUCAAAGGAACAGCUGUUCAACUUUGUCUACGGUGACAUCCUGAACAACAUGCAGAAGUCUUUUUAACAAACGGUCAUCCGAUUUGGCUCAGCCUGCAAGCAGAAGACCGCCGUGCCUUAAGUUUCUACCUGGCAGCUCAUCUAACUGACUGCCACGAUUUAAAAAAAUGAAUAAAUAAAGCAAACUGAUGGCAGCAAAUGCUGGCUUGUUUAUAUCGACCAUAUUGCUUUUGUUAUAGCAAACUCUCUAACGAGAUUAUCUGUUAAGAGGAAAGUUGCACUUCUGUCAAUAAAUACUACUGCCAACAA